GAACGGCUGCCCUCAGUGGGACCCAAUAACCAGGGGUGGGGCGACUUCUGAGUAAACGCUCACGACGCUGCGCUGAGGGCGGGGAGGAGGUGGCACAGGCCUCCAUUCUGCCUGCCAAGGGCCCUCUAGGGCACGGGUGGCUAACCUGGACUUGGACCUGGGAGACCAGGGUUCGAAUCCCCACUCAGGCAUGAAGCUCACUGGGUGACCUCGGGCCAGUCACUGCCUCUCAGCCUAACCUACCUCACAGGGUUGUUGCAGGGAUUAAAUUAGAAGGGGAGAGAAUCAUGUACGCCACCUUGAGCUCUUGGAGAAGAGGUGGGAUAUAAAUGCAAUAUAGUAAAUAAAGGAAAUAAUAAAGUGUUGUGGGACUCCCUCCAGCCCCAGUCAGCAUGGCCAAUGUAGUUCAGUAAUAUUUUUGCGUGGGGGAGGGAGACAGGUUGCUUUGGGGCGUCUCAUUUUCUAAUAUGCUGACGCCGCAGUGUGCAAUGUUGAUCGUCCACGAGGAGAAAGGGGAGGGGCUCUGGUGCCACCCCAAAGUGGUAGUGGGGGGCGGUUGAGCUCCCACCCACCCCAAAUACAGCUUGUGGAGCGUGUUCACAAGUUCGGCUUGGCAGUAAGCAUAACCUAGGGGUGGUUCACUCCUCGUGGCCCUCCAGAUGCUGCUGAACUGCAGUGUCCCUCAUUCUCUAGACUAGCCUUUCCCAACCCUUUGAUUCCCCAGAUAUCGUUGGACUCCAACUCCCAUCAGCCCCACCCCACAUGGCCAAUGGUCAGAGGUAAUGGGAAUUGUAGUCCAGCAACAUCUGGGGACCCAAAGGGAUGGGAAAGGCUGCAGUCUUGAUCAGAGCUUGGAAAAGUUACUUUUUAAAACUACAACUCUCAUCAGCCCCAGCCAGCAUGGCCACUGGAUUGGGCUGAUGGGAGUUGUAAUUCAAAACAGUAACUUUUCCAAGCUCUGGUCUUGAUCAUUGGCCGUGUUGGCAGGGGCUGAUGGGGGUUGUAGUUCAGCAACUUCCCGGGGGGUGGGGGACACAGGUUAGCCACCCCUGGUAUAUGCACAGAGAGAGAGGUCAAAUGAUGAUGUGCGCGUAAGAGCCAGCCCUAUACAACGCUUUGAGACCCACUUCUAAAUUCUGUACUCCCAGUCACUGAGUAAGUGCAGAGGAGCAUAGCCAACCUAAGACAUGCUAGAAUCCGCAUUUCACCAAUAAUCAUGUGUUGGAAAGGUGAAGUUGCUGCUUUGGUCUUGGUGUCAGUUCUUUGGGGAGGAACCAAUCCGUUUUUGAAAAGGGGCACCGAGGGUCUGGAGCGAGUGAAGAGAGAGAGCCAAUCCCUACAGCUGGUGGCGGAAAUGAAAUUCCUUUGUCUCAAUUACAAGUAUGUGGUGCCAUUUGUGCUCAACCAGUGUGGCUCUUUUGUCUUCUACCUUACUUUAGCAUCCACAGACCUGACCUUGGCUGUGCCUCUUUGCAACUCCUUGGCUCUGGUCUUCACGUUAGCAACAGGGAAAGUUCUCGGGGAAGACAUUGGCGGUGCAAGGGCUGUGCUGGGAAUGCUACUGACAGCUUUGGGAAUUACACUCUGCAUAGCUGGGUCUGUACAUGAGACACCAUGAGAACCAUCUUGGAAAAGGAGGAAUUUAUGGAAGGCAACAAUUAUCCAUACUGAUGCUGGCUCCACUCUUAGGACACAGAGCAUCUUUUGGAGAGGUGCCCAGUGGACUCAUGCAAGCUUGCAGCUAUGAUGGCCUGAUGGGAAAGUAUCAUGUUCCUUCAUCCCUGGCACCACUUUCAGCCUUUGAUCAUCCAGUUUGCCCUGGAAUGCCCUUGUCAGCCAGUCCACAAUGGAACCUUUAGGAUUUCUAAGGGUGCCUUCACAGUAGACAUGAGAUCAGGAUCUCUUUAAACUAGGAUAGGAGUUGUUCAAAGUGCCCCAAAGAAUAACUUGCUGCAAAUGGAUGUGAGCGAAGUGUUUCUUCCUUCUUGCUAGUCGGGCACGUGCAAAGCUGUGAGGUGUGACAGUAGGGAAAGACGAUGGAAGUAAGCAGGAGAGCUCACUUUCUUUCACUGUGAAGGCUCGGCAGGCGCUGAACUCUAAAGCCCCAAACAGCAUCACCUGAAGGCCUGCAUAGGCCCAUAUGAACCUGCCCAAGCCUGAAGCUUGACGUCAGUAGCCCUGCUGUCUGGCCCAUCAGUAGUUGAGAUCAGAAUGGCGAGUAGAAAGAAUAGGAUGGAGAGCAUGAAGUUGAGGAAGGCAGGUCUGGGCUAACACCUAGAGUUCUUCUGUGGAUGUAUUUUCUGAUGUUCCUUUUCAUUGUUUUUUACUCUUAGUAUAAGCCACUUUAGAAAGUUAUCUUGAAAGGUGAGGUGUAAAUGAUUGUAAAAAAUAAAAUAAAAGCUGCAUUUGAGUGUG